AUGGGUACGGGCGGCGACGCCGGCGGCGGUGGCGCGAAGUUCGACCCGCUGGCGGCGGUGACGGGCAGCCUGCUUGGCUCGGGCGGCGGCGGCGACGAGCCGGAGCCGCAGCAGAUGUGCGCGCAGCUGCAGGGCCUGUUCCAGACGCGGAGGAUGAAGAUGGCGACGAGCAGCCUCACGGAGAAGGCGGAGCUGUUGAUGGGCAAGGAGGGCCCCGAGGUGCCCGCGGGCCUGCCCGGCGUCGAGGCCGAGGACGGGUUCUACGUGGCCCACACGCCCACCAAGCUGUGGUUCAAGUGUUUCGUCUUCGGCAAGGGCAAGGACUCCAAGAUGAGGUGCUCGGCCUACGAGCCCCUGGACAACAACGGCAGCUGCGGAUGGCGCAAGUGCAAUUACAGCCGUUCGACUUUCCAGACGCAGUGCAUCGGGAGGACGAGAAUGACGCUUCCUUUGAUGCCAUCGGGUCCGGAACCAACAUGCAUAUACACAGGCCACAACGGUGAGGCUGUGCCCAAGGUGGCACACUCUUUCGCGCUCUGUGCAUUUCUGUGAUCUCAGCUCUGUCCUGACUCAGAUUCAAUAUUCAGCUCGUUGCCGAAUGAUUUUAUCGGAAUGGUUGCGCCGACAUAGCGGCGGCAUGACAUCUGUAAGUUGCACGCUUGCGUCCGUUAUGACUCAUCAUGUCUGAGUUGUUGGCGCACCAGAGCGCUUGCACUCCCCAGCGUUACUGUCAUACGCACUAUUCGCGCCACCCGAGGUGCUGUCUUGUUUCACGUGGUCAUUGGGCGUCGAUUGCUUGUCCUGUAUUGGCACAGUUCCGCGUCUGAUGUCCUCGCCUCUCGUCGUGCAGUUCGCUCCUCGCCUUGUCCACGUCGCCUCCCUGCUUGCGGCAAAGGACUUGAUGGGCAAGCCAGUGCCGUACGCUAUGUACGUGCUAGGAGGGGAAGACUGAGCACGAGAGCUACAAGACAAGCAUUCACUAUUGUGUGCACCUGGUUUGUGCAAAAGCGUCCUCGCGAGGUCAGGAGAUCACUGAGUGGGUACGCCUGCGCUUCAAAGAGUGACAGGCUCAGCACUUCUCCACGAGGAAAGUGGAACGUAUGUACAAAGGUAGCGUACGUCACGCCAACUGUUGCCAUGCCUUGCCACAUGAGUCGACGCAAGGCCCUGGCAACGUGCCGCGAAUGAGGAUGGAAUGCCGUGUCACGCCGUUUUAGCAACGUGCAUGUUUGCGCGUGGUUGUGCGCACACGGGAUUGCAAGUGUUUGCUCUUGUUGGUUGUAGCCAUGCGCAGAUCUCGCAAUGCCCCUUGUUCUGCGAACACGUGCACACACACACACACUUUUCCCUCCUCCAGCAAG